ACCAUUUUUCUUUCUUUUCUCUCUCUCUCUCUCCUCUGCAACUAUUUCAUCUUCACAAGCUUCCAAACAAAGAGAAUUAAUGGAAAGUGAGAUUUGCAAGGUUUAUUCUCCUUGUUCUCCUCGGAUAUGUUCACGAUGAAACAGAACAUAAAAACCCUUAUCUGGUUAAUGGGUGUUUCUCUCUCUAUUGAUUUUUUAAUUUUAGCACAUGCCUAUGGCAACAACUACUUUAGAUCUCUAUUUCCAAUAUAACUGCUCUUUCUCUGCAACUGCAACCCUUUCAAUCUAUGGCUAUCUUUGAGAAGAUCAUCAACAACCUCAUCAAUCAUCUCCAUCUCCAUCGGUUUAUGCGGUUCGGGUCUCUAGGUUCUCGGAUAUGACCAUGGUUCCUGCUCAAACCCUCUCUAAACAGAAACAGCAACAGCAACAGCAAAAUCAUCCUUUUUACGGCGGUUAUGGUGGUUGUGGCGGCGGCGGUUAUUCGGACAGCAGCUUUGGUCUUAUGAGCCGAUUAGAAGAAGGUUAUGACUAUUGUAUUAGUGAAGCUUGCUUAGGAUCUGAUCUAGUGCCUAGUAAUCCUCCCAUGGCUGAAGAUGAAUCGAGAACUAAUAGCCUUAAUGAACCUGCUCUUUCCAACUCCAAAGAUAAUAUUCAACAACAAAGAGAUGAAGGGUGGCUCCAAUUAAGCAUAGGCGGUCACACAACAAGCCAUGAAAGCAAACAUCACCAAGUGGAUCCAACGACUACAAGGGUAGGAUUGAUGGAGCUUGAUCUAUUACCAGGUAGCAGCACUUCACAGCAAGGGAGGCCGUUUAGCGCUCCUAUUUUCCAUGUUCCUGCUGAUGAGUUUAGAGCUUCUACGAGACCACUGAUGAGCAUUGCAGGAGGCAGCAGUAGCUAUACUACGACUUCUUUAUUCUUUCAACACCAACCAGGAACCAGCACGUAUCCUCCUUACCGCCAUCAAGAGAUUAACUGGGCAUUUAGGCCUAUGGCUCAAAAUAUAGCAACUAUGGCUUCUUCUCAAUCCUCUUCUUCUCCUCUUAUGCCAAUGGGGUCCUAUUUGUCGCGUCCCUUUCAAGUCCAUAGUGGAAUAGAUGUUGCUGGACCAAGUUCCGACUUUAGAAUCAUUGAUCCUCCAAGAAGUCCCCAUUCUGGCAUUUGGUUUACACUCCAAGCGUCUCAAAUCCAAAACCAAGAACCGUUGUUGCCUCAAAUAUCCAAGAGCUACCUGAGAAUCAAGGAUGGGAGGAUGACAGUUCGGUUAUUAAUGAAGUAUCUGGUUAACAAGCUGAAACUGGAUAGCGAAUCAGAGGCAACAACUGGAGAAAGUAGUCCAUCAUUGUGAACGGAGGAGAAAGACGUGACGACAGUGGCACACCUCUCAAGUCACAGAACAAUAUAGAGGUUCACACUUUUCAAACGGGUAAGGGGUUUUGCAUCUGCAUGCACAGUUUCGAGUGAUCAAAGGCAUAAAGAAGAGGUAGAAAGAGACAAAGAACGGCAGAAAAGAAGAGAGGAAAGUAGUUUAAAGAAGAAAUAUGGAUAGCAAGUUGAGCUUAGGUAUUAAAGCUGCUCUGUCUCUGAAAUCUCUGAAUCACUCUAUAAGUAGCAGUGCACCUGUAUCACAAGUAAUGGGGCAUAUCUACCACGCAUGCUUGUGCUUAACUUUAUGACCCAACUAAGGCCCUUUGUUACAAACUUGCUAAGUAGUUGGCAUAUGAAGAACACCACCAAUUCCAGUAAAAGAACUAACCGAGGAUAACAAUGAACUUGUAAGCAAGAGUCAAUAUCCGUAAUAUGGAAGCUAAUAACGAGCAACUGAUCACCUACACUAUCAGAGCUAACAUUGAGCAUUAGGAAUUAUAACACUAAAUCUUCGAAUUUAAAGAGAUUGCAUGAGGGAUAGAUUUGGUUUCAUUUCAAAGGUACAGCACUCAGGGAAGGAACACGAAGAUGAAUGUGCAUAUCAUCCAACAAAUCAACUUCCUAUCUCCAUUAAUUAAUUUUCCAUUAAAUCCAUCUUAAUUAAUCAGGCAAUUGCAAUAGUCUAACACCCAUAUGAAAAUGCAGGUGAAGUACCAAACUUUCAAGACCCCAUAAUGAAAGUUAUAAAACUAUAUUGCCAUUAUUAGUUAGAAAGAUCACAGUUCGUCCAUAAACGGUCCCCACCGCCCCCUCUUCUCUUCUCCUUUUUUAUGAGCAAAAAAGUUACACAUUUUAUAACAAAAAUGAAAAUAUGUGAAAAGAAAAAACUCACGAGAACCCCUUUCGAAGCUUCUGAAUUGCAGAGUACAGUUUCCUCCUGGAACCCACAGCGUUAAUACCCAUAUCUUUAAGAUCCUCCAAGGUUAGUAGUGGCAAUACCUCAUCAUCCACUUCGUGUACCUCGAAAACAGAAGCAUAUCGGCUCAAUCCCAAUUCAAUUAGCCAAGUCCUCACUCCUUCGCUCGUACUGCAAUUUCGGUCCCUCGAAUCUGAUUCCGGGAGAUUUUCCAUUUCCAUUGCAUCGUUUUCUCUACCCUCUGAAACCCUAUGCCGACCCGUGCCCGUUCUCCUAUGCCCGUGCCACAUAUCAAGCGCAAAGUUAUCCAU